AUGUUUGAACGUAAAUUCAAAGCUAUCAUUCUAAAAAUCCUUGGAGAAUUCGUAUACUAUUUUAAAUUAAAUUCUGAAUGCUAAGCCUAUAUUUCUUACUCCCCCCCAUCCUUGAUUGAACGACUUGCCAUCGUUUGAUCAAGGAUGGGGGUUAAAAAAAAAUUUUUUGGGAAAAAAAAUUUUAUAUAUAAAAUAAAAAAUAUAUAUAUAUAUAUAUUUUUUUAUUUACUUUUAUAUAAGAGGGUUAAGAGUAUUUAAUAAUUAUUUUUACAGCAAAAAAUUGAAAUAAUUUCAUAAAAAUACCAAAUUUUAAUAUUUUGAUUUAUUAGUUACCCCUUUAAACUGUAUAAAUUUUAAUUUGUAAUUUUUUUUAAAAAUUUUAAAGAAAUCUGUAUUUUAUUAGAUUAUUGAGUUUUUAAGCCUUGGUUGAUGAUUAAAUCACUUCAGAUGGUUGAUUCCGAAGCUUUCUGUCGUCUCAAAGUCUCUGAAAACAACUUCAUUAUGUACAUCUUCCCAAGCUUUUGAUAACUAAUAUAUUUUUUAUAUAUAUAAAAAUUGCCAUGAUAUGAAAAUCGUUCGAUCAAGGAUGGGGGUUAAUUUCGCCAAUUUUUAGGAAUUUUUACAGUCAAUCGUUCGAUCAAGGAUGGGGGGGGAGUUAUUAAUUAAUGUCAAUUCAGUCAAGCAGGCUAUAGAAGAUUUCGAUGAUAGUGAACUUCAAGUCGAUAACUGGAGUGGACAUGUCACUCAAACUAGACUAAAUAUCAAACCAAAUGGCCUAAGAUUUCUAAGUCGUUUGAUUGGCAUUGAUAUAAUUGUCGUCAGAGGAGUGAUAGGGUCCCUUCAGCUAAGCUUUAAUUGACGAGCUUUAUGGCGUGAGCCUAUUCGUCUUACCCUUGAAGAUUUAUAUGUUGUAUGCAAGCCUCAAAAUCCACCAGACCCUACUUUCUUUCAAGAUAAACGAAGAAGAGCUAAAAGAUCAAGACUAGAAGACUUAGUCCAAAAAAAGAAAUUUCAAAACCCCAACAAAACCUAUCUUCAAAAACUCGAAGCAACAGUGUCCGAUAACAUUUGCAUAUCAUUGAAAAAUGUUCAUUUGAGAUAUGAAGAUACUAUAUCUAAUCCAUUCAGGCCUUUUGUUAUAGGCCUUACACUUGACAAACUAGUUUAUUCUCCUAGUGAUUCUAAUUGGGUGAAAAAUUUUAUUACCCUAGAGCUGAAAAAGCAAGCACAAAAAUCCUUUAUGGUAUUAGAGCUGGGACAGUUCGCAUUUUACCAUAUAUCGAAAUCCUCUGAGUUGUUUAGCUUAAAAGCUGACUGAUUAAAAACGCUUUCCAAUGAGAAGUUUGCGGGGAUUAUGUUUCCUUUUAUAGCUCAUAGAGAUUAUGUUCCUCAGAUAUCGGAAUAUUACUUAUUAAAACCUGUAAACGCAGAGAUAAGAAUCAGAAGAAGUUUAAAGCCACCUGCAGAGUCAGAUAUCCCUAAGCUGAGUGUUUCUAUAAUAGUAGAGGAAAUAGCUUGUGCAUUAGAGGCUAACCAAUAUCAAGAUUUGUUGAUGUUGGGCUCAUUUAUAUCACUACAUAAAGUUCUUGGUCAUCACAUUGUAAACCGUCCACUCGUAAGACCAAAAUCAAAGCCGAGAGAUUGAUGGAUUUAUGCUUUAAACAUGGUCUCGGAAAAAGUUAAGAAAAAAAUUGUUCCCUGUACUUGGGAUUAUUUUAAAUUCAGAAAAGAAAAUAAACAGAAAUACAUCAAUAUAUACUUAUAAGCAUUGACUAAAAAUAUUCCCAGGGUGUUAGGGUGUUAAGGUACUAGAAAUUAACGACUAAAAACUCAAAGAUUUAGUCACAAUAAAUUGGCAUAUAUCAACUCACACUUGUAAGAGAAUAUGAAUCAGAAACAGGUAGAGUGUUUCCAAAUUUCACAAAAACCCCUCAACUGAACUCAAAAAACAAAAAAGAGCUAGACAUAAUGAUGCUGGAAAUUGAAGAUCACCACAAUGUCGAAGAAAUUUUGCUUUUCAGAUACAUGGCUGAAAGAGAACUAAGUUCGCUUAAAGAUUCUAAAAAGAAAAAAGGAUGGAUUGAAUGGGGAAAAGGCUGGUUUGUUACUUCUACAUCAGCUGAUGAAGAAGCCUUUUUAAACACUUUGGUAGAGUAUUCAGAAAUGAUGAGCCAAGACGCUGCAGCACCUUCAGAUUUUGUUAAAUAUUUUGUGAAUUUUGAGUUGAGAAGAUGCUCAAUAUCUCUAGCAGCUCGACAAGUCAACGGACUUCAAGCUUCAUUUUUGAAAAUUACACUGGACGAAGGAAUUAUACAUAGACAAAAAACCAAAACUCUGACAGAGACUUUUCUUGCAUUAAGCUCAUUAAGAAUCGUUGAUCCAUUUACACCUAUAGGAAAAUUUAUACAAUAAAAUAUCUAUAUCUCUAUCUUAUAAGACCUCCUAUGUCCUAAUUUUCAUUAUAAAUCGGCUUAUAAAUGCCUUAUAGCUUUUAAUAAUUACUUAAAUUCAGCAUAGAAAAUUAUUCAACCCCAAAAAUGUUGACGAGUCCUUUUUUUUCCAUGAGCCAGGAUUCGAAGUUGAAGAAGAAAUUUUCCCUGAAGAAAAUGAUGGUUUCCCUCAGUUCGCCAAGCAUGAGCUAAAAGUUGUCCCUCUUUUCCAAUUAAUGCUAAACGCUGACACAAGUGAAACUAUGAGCUUGAAAGUAAAUAUCCAGCCAUUAGAAGUGAUUUACAAUAAACAAUGUGUAGAAAGGAUCAAUGGAUUUUUAAAAAUUCCUGAAGCACUUGCAUUAUUUGAAGCUAUAGAAAUGCAGACUAUGAAUCAGCUUGCUAAUUGGAAGCUUAAAACACAAGCGAGGAUUGAGUAUAUCAUAAAAAACCAUCUGAAGCUGGAGACUGAUAUAAGAGUUUCUGCGCCUGUUAUCAUUAUUCCACAAAAUCCACUGAAUGAGGAAAGUUCACAAGUGAUUUUAAAUUUGGGGAAUUUUAAUGUAAUAUCAAAGCCACGUGAACUGUCUUAUGACCAACUUAUGAACCGCAAAAACUCAGAUGUUGACGAAAACGCUUAUUAUGACCAUUUUGAUGUGACUGUUUCUGAUAUCAGCGUAAUGCUUCUCCCUCCAGAAGGCCGAGGUACCUGGACUUUAGUUGACAAAUUCGAUUUCAUCAUGCACGUUUCUAAGUCAAUCAUCCCCAAAGACCCUCAUUUAACCACUAUCAAAAUCCAGGGCGAAAUUUCUGAAUUAACAGCCAAAAUAUCAAGAAUUCAAUAUAUGCUGCUACAACAGUACAAAGAUGCUGACACAAUCUCUUCUGUAAGCGGGUCAUUUAUGGACGAUAUUAAUUAUAAGCUUCCUGAGCCAAUUUUAGAUGACGAAGAAGACGACGAAGAAUUUUUUGACGCAGAAGACCCAUAUGAGGAUUUAUACCAAAUUUAGGUAAUUUUUGACAAUUUUUAUUAAAAAAAUAAUAUAUAGCAUAUUAAGGAAUAGUGGCUGAAAAUGUAAAAUUCCCAUAUAAUAAAGAGCACUUUAAUGUUGAAUUUGGCGUGAAAAGAAUGAAUUUUAUUUUAUUAGAAGAUAAAGAGAUAGAGGAAGAAGAAAAAAGCUUGCUAACGUUUACAGCAAAAGAUUUGCUAGCUGGAGCAAGCAUAGAAGAGUCAAGAAGGAGGUUUUGUGUAAGACUUGGAGGGAUUACUGUACAGGACUGGAUAGAGUCAAGACUUCUGGUUAGCUCAAAUCAAGAGAGAUCAGAUUUAAUUGUGGUAGAGCUGACAAAAAUAUUAGAAACACAUCCAGAUUAUGCCUUGUCAAAAAUAAGCACUUUUCUCACAGCAAAUCUUUCACAUCUAUAUAUAAACUAUUUUGACGAGCCAGUCAGAAUUGUAUUAGGCUUACUGAAAAAGAAAUCUGCCCCAUCUUUCCCUAAAAUCUCUCCAAGUCUUAACAUCCUUGCCAAAGUUUCCUUAGAAAACGUGUCUCUUAAACUUAAUGAUACAGCCAGAGAGCUCACAGAAUUGCACUUAUCAUAUGCAGAUUUCCAUUACACGUCUUCUGAAGUUCUCCGCUGCAAAUUGGGAAGGCUUACAAUAAAAGACUGUUUAAAUUCUUGCUUUUUCUUUGAAACUAAAAAUAAAGACUUAUUAGAGCUUGAACUUUUAAUAGAAGAGGAAGAAAGAACACUAGGAAUCAAGCUGAAAUCGUUCAAGCUAAUUAUGGUUAUGGACAUGAUUGAAGGACUAAUAUCAUUUGUUCUGUCUUCUGAGCUGUUUUCUUAUAUGAAAAAAAUUAAAAAAGCAAAAGAAAUCAAAAAGCCAAGGACUUAUUCUUAUAAUGCUGAAGUAAUCCAUCCCCAGCUUGAAUUUUUAGACCCUCAAUCCAGCCAAGGAUCAUGUGUAAUUGACUUUGGAGAAAUCAAUACAAACAAAAACGCUGGCGACGAGCUCACCUUCAAUAUCCAAGGCAGCCAAAUUUUCACUAUAAGAGAAGACGAAGAAGGCGAAGUCUACCAAAAUUUCUUAAUAAAAGAUUUCGAAAUGAGCUUAGAGUCAUUUUUACCUGAAGUCAACCUAAAAAUCAGAAAAAUAAUUGGCUCUUCCUCAGCUUCCCAAAUUUCUUUUUUGCUUCAGCUUUAUUCUAACUAUAAAUCCCACUUAAAAGAUAUAGGCCAAAUGCUUCAUUUGUCAAUCCCAAAGAAAAAAGAAGAAAAAAAAGAAAUAAAGUCUGACGUAAAUUUAGAAGCAGAAAAUGUUGCGUAUUCUUUUGCACAUGGGCUGAAGCUGAAACCACAAGAAUUUAGGCUAAAAGUCCAUGCAGAAAUUGACGUUGUAGAGCUGGCGUGGUGGACUUUGUUUCAUCAUAAAGAAGAUAACGUAGAAUCAGCUUGCUUGUCCUUAAGCCUUUCUCAGGUGCUAUUAGACUAUAACAAAAAAAUUGGCUCAAACUGGCUUAAAUUUGCAACAAAAUCCUUAAAAACCGCUUUCAAAAUUGACGCAUUUGGGCUUAACCAGCUUAUCCUUUUACAACAAGAAAGUCUUACCCAAGAAAACGCUUUAACCCUCGGUUUCCAAAUCCUCCCAGACUCCUAUAUAAUAGACCUAGACAUCUUAUCUCCCCGCAUUAUCCUAUCCCCAUGCAUUCUUAAAGGCUUAUUAUUAAUUUCUUCAGAGCUUUCUUUAUUACUCCCCAAAUCCAAAAAAAAAACACCUAUAAUUUUGUCAGGCCAAAUGCAAAAUUUCCAAUUAUUAGUUACAACAGAUAGCAUAAAUGGGCCACAAGACGAGGAAGAUAAGUUGGAUCCUAUGAAGGACCAGGAAUAUGAAGAAAAAAGAUAUACGAUUUUGCAGAUGUCAGUAGAAUUUCAAGAUAAUAAUAUAAAUGUCAAUGACUGCUGUGUGCUAAUUGGAAGUAGCGCUGUAGCUGUAUAUGGGGCAGAAAUAUCAGGAAAGCCGUUAUUACAUCCUUUGCAGAUUAGGUAUAGAGGGAAAGAUAGUAAAGCUUUGCUGAUUUCAGAUAUAGGCAUUGAUUUAUCGUUAAGCCAGUCAGUUUACUUCCAAGAAAUGAUGAAACAGUUCAGCAGCAUUAUUCCAAAAAGAGAAAAACAGGUAAAACCUACCAAAAUUGACUUGAAAAUUGAAAUCCAGCAGAUUUUGUUAAGCAUUUCUCACGAUUUCACCAUCUCAAAACACUCUGCAAACACCUAUUUCAUGCUUCGCCUUGAUUCUCCUUACAUUUUGCUCUCAAGCACUGACACUCCUCUAGCAUUUUCUACAGGUUUUGCAUUUUACUAUUACAACCAGCAGCUUUUCGACUGGGAGCCUUUUAUAGAAAACUUCCGUUUUGGGAUAGAAUACAACACCCAAGGUGGCCAGAAAAAGAUCCAAGUUACUUCUCAAGGCGAUUUUAAUGUAAAUGUCAGCUAUUCGUUUAUUACUACAUUCAGUAACUUUUUGAAAGGAUUUGAGCAGAAAGACUAUUUUACUCAUUUAGGCUUAUUAGCCAAGUCAAAAAUGCAGAUUAAAUGGGGAUCAGGGUACUCUAUAAAAAAUGAGACAGGACAGCAGAUUAAAUGUUGGAUUGAUAAUAGGCUAAUUAUAUAGUAAAAUAAAUAAAUAUGUGACUGCUUACUCCCCCCCCCCCCUCCGUGAGCGAACAAAAAAAAUUUUGUUCACUCACGGAGGGGGGUUAAUUUUUUUUUUUAAAAAAAAAUUAUAUAUAAAUUUUAUAAAAAAAUAUUUUUUUCGAAAUUUAAAAAAAUCCUAAUUUGCAAAAAUUGGGAAGCAAAUAUUAAUUUAAUUUGCAAAAUUUAUGUUUUAAAAACGCAAUUUGUUUAAAAUUAAACAGAAUUAGCUCUAGAUUUCAUUAUACUAAUUAUCACUUAUAUAUCAAAAUUUUUUUCCAUUAAAAUUUUUUCUAUUAAAAAAAUUUUUUGUUCACUCUCACGGAGGGUGGGUUUUUGGUCAAAAAAUGGGCGAUUUUUCUAAUGGUUUUGUUCGCUCACGGAGGGGGGGGGGAGUUAGUUUAUGCUUAAAAAAUGGUAGAGUGAUUGAAAAUAGGAUAAUUCAGCACAAUGAAGAGCACGCUUUACAUUUUGAAGAAAGAGACGAGGUAGAAGGAUCUGCAGUCACCAUGUUUAAACAUAAGCUCAAAAAACAGAGAGGCUACAGGAUAAAAUCAGUUUCUAUACAGAUAGGUGAGCUUCCGAGACUAAAUGAUAUAUGUAUUGACAGAAUUGGCUGCAAAAUCUACAAUAUAGCUCAGCUUGGCGCACAUUUUCACGUCCUCUGUGACGUCUUAUCAAGGCAUGGCGACAAGCUUCUUGUAAUUCGGUCUCCAAUCCAGCUGAAAAACAACCUCAGAGUCCCUAUUGACGUGAGACUUAUAAUGCCACUAGCCUUAAACAAGCUUAAUGAAGAAGACUAUUUCAAUAUCAUAAGUAUCCCACCCUUAGCCACCGUCCCUUUACCUAUCACAAAUUCCUAUUUCACCUCCCUUCAGCUCAGAAUUUCAGGUUUUUCAUGGUCAGAAAGAAACGAAAUUUCCCAUGCAGACGAACCAAAACUAAUAGAAUGCCCCAAUAAAGCAUAUAGAGGCUCUUCAGUUCCUGAUAUCCAGCCUGCAAAAAAGGCAAAAGCUACUGAAUCUGUGGUCCAUAGAAGUGCCUUUGCAAGCUUUAAAUAUUCACUGCUGGAGUUUAAAGAUGAUACUGAAAAAUUCUUUGUAAAACUGUAUACGUUUGAGCCAGGAUUGACGGUUGAAAAUUAUUUGUGCUGCCCGCUAGAGUACCAGUGUAUUAUUUUGAAUAGGAGAGAAGGGAUGGAGUUUUUGGAGACUGAUAUAAAGACUAGUGGCUCUUUGGAAAGAGGAGAAAAUUUCCAUUGGCUGGAAGCACCACCCUAUGGGUCUGUUGGAGUAGCUUUGAGGAUACCAGGGUAUGAUUGGAGUCCUAUGCUAAAUAUUUUUGAAGAAGACAAGCACAUCUACCAAUUCAGUCGCCGAAACAUGGAGCAAGUCAACAUUUUCUUAGAAAGCAACAAAAGUGACGGCACCUUCAGACUCCUCGCCUAUGCCCAGUACUGGCUUGAAAACCACACAGGGCUUCCUCUGCUUUUCCAAUAUAUAGAAAAAGACUUCAGCUUUGACAUCAUGUCAUUGCCUUAUACAGUAGAAGGCCUUCAUUUUGAAGAAUACCAAGAAAAGAAAAAAAUAGGCAGCUACGAAACAGUCCUCAAUGCUUUUGGCGAAAAACUGGAUUUUGAAUAUGAAGGAGUCAAGCCUUGGCUGCAUUAUAAAGAAGCUGAUAAAGUUGGCUUAGGAUCGCUUAUAGAAGAGGAAGAAGACGAAGAACAAAAAAAUAUGGUCAACAUUAGGAUGUUUUCGGCAGAUUUGGAUCAGCCUGGAAGUGGGACUGCUGCUAUAAGAAUUGCGAAUUCAGAAUGGUCAGAUUUGUUUAGAAUUGUAGGAAAUGAGCCUAAUAAAAGCUUGCUCACUGCAGGAGGGCAUAGUAUUUUGGCAGUGGAAAAGUCAAAAUAUCAUAUGAAUUGUAUGUAUAGUUUAUGCACCAUAAUAGAUGCUAUAUCCCCAGCAGAAUACCAAACAGAAAAAAUAUGGUCCAGGGCACCUGCCUUAUACAGUCUAAGUCUGAUUAGGCAUCUUAAAACCAUAAGCGGAGAUUGUUUUUGCUUUUCAAAAAAAACCUGAAAAGCACAACUUAAUUUGAAAAAAUAAAAUGGAUGAUUUUUAAUAAUCUAAAAUAUUUCAGGCGCUAUAUGAGGUAGCGAUGAGCUUACAAAUAGCAGAAGAGCCUUUUGUGAAAACAAAAAUUAUGCUUUUUACUUGGAUUUAAAUAAAAAUGUUUAUUUUACAUAUUAAUUUAUAAUUAUUAUAGAAAAGAAUAUAAGAUUUACCCCAAGAUUUGUUCUGAUUAAUAAAAUGCCACAAGUUUUAUUGCUGACUCAAUUUGAGCCUAAUAUAGAUUUUAACGGUGUAUGUCGGCUGCUUCCAAAUGAAAGAUCAAGCUUCCAUUGGCCAGACUGCAGAAGAGGCCGAGCUAUUUGUGUAAAACUUGAAGAUUAUGGCUGGGCAUGGUCAGGGAAAUUUUUAAUUGAAGAGCCUGAUGAUUUUGUCGUCAGAGUCAGAAAUCUGCAUACCCAUGAAGAGAUUCUUAUGCACAUUACAAUUACCCUAGAGGAAUCCACUUUGCAUGUAUCUCUUUUCUAUUAAUUAUAAAUUAUCAAUAUUAAUAAUAUAUUAUUAUUUAUUUAUUAUAAUUUCAUAUAAUUUUCCAAGAUACCUCUCAUUCCCCUCCUUACAGAAUUGAAAAUCUCUCAAUGGAAACUAUUGAAGUCAACCAGUCUAAGACCGACUUUAUCAAAGUCCUCAAACCUUUCGAAGUAACCAGCUACGCAUGGGACGAAAGACUCCUCAAAAAAGUCCUUACCGUCGCUCUCCACAACCAAAGCCAAAAAUCCUCCGUCAUCAUAGGAAAAUUCAAGCUUGACUCUCCAAAAGACUGUGAACAAAUCCACCUAAAAUCCCAUGGCUCCCACCCCUCCCAUCCUUUAUUUGUAGACAUAACAACAGAAGGCUCCACCAAAGUCCUCACAAUCCGUCACAACAAAAGUGAAGAGGACUAUUUCAGCCAAUCCCACCUAAAUUAUGAAAAAAAUGAUUUUAUAUUAGAAAUUAAUUUUUCACAUUUCGGGAUUUCUUUGAUAAAUUCGACACCCCAGGAGCUUAUUUAUGCGACUUUUAAAGGACUGCAGUUUAAGCUUGACCAAAAUAAUUACGAUAAUAUUUAUGAGCUUUCCUUGGAUUCGGCACAGAUUGAUAAUCAGCUGUAUAGGGUAUCAAAUCCAGUUAUGCUGAGCCCAAUGGAAAAUCAUGAGCAGCAGCUGUUAAAAAUAAAAGUAAGGAAAAGGCAAUCGACCAUUUCGAACCAAGAAGUUGACUAUUUUAAAUAUAUAAAAUUUUCAUUGCAGCCUGUAGAUAUAUAUGAUUAUAAUAAAUAUAAAUAUUAUCAUAAUCCGAGAAUAGCAGAUAGAAAUUUAUAAGCUCAUUGUAAAUAGGUAUAUCAGAAUUGACGGGUUUAUUAUUGAAUAUUUACUUAACUAUGCCAGCGAGAUUUCUGAAGUAAUUGGACCUUUAUACAAGAAAGAAAACGAGGUGGAGAAAAAAGUGUUCCAUUACUAUUAUUUUGAUAAAGUCCUCAUAAGCAGCUUGACGCUGAAUUUGACGUUUUCGUCGAUCCCUUCAAUGUUUAAGAAUUUGAAUAUGAUUAACCCUAUAAGGAUGGCUUUUAUUAUUUUCGCAAAUAUUGGGAAUGUCCAUUUGAAUUUUAAUUCACUGAAAAUUACUCAUAGACAUUUAACUUUAUACUAAAACAGCUAAUUAAACUAUAAAUUCUUCCUUUUUAUAAUAAAAAAAAAUUAGUAAAAAAUAAAGGCAUAGACCUUUUAACCAGACACAUUUCUACAUUUUACUACUCAGAAGUCAAAAGCAAAACUUUAAGGAUUCUCAGCUCAGCUGACGUGCUUGGAAACCCAAGUGAGUUUGUCAGGAAUAUCCGCAUAGGGCUUAUUGACCUCAUAACGCUUUCUGGCCAGCCUACCUUUUCAGGCGCAAUGAAAGGCAUUUCUUCUUUCUUUAAGCAUACCUUAUUCGGGGCUUCAAAUUCUGCUUCAAAAUGUUUCGAUUCUAUCAAAAAAGGAAUCUACGCUGUUUAUGAUGACGACAAAAACAAUAUCGGCAAAGGCUGGAAAGUCGCUAUGGCUAUAGCAAGAACCGCUUUAUUAGUCCCCAAUAUUACUAUAAGUCUUGCAUCAAGCACCGCAAACCAUAUAAGAGACGCCAUUCAGCAGCAGCACCCUAUUUUACGACAAAGGCCACCACGAUCAUUUUUAACUUCUAGGCUGCUUACACCUUACUCAUAUAGUGACUCAGUAGGACAAUACGUGCUUUCUAUGGUAGAACAAGGCAAAUAUUUAAGCGAAGGGAUUAAGUUCCAUUUAACGCUAGAUUCCUCUGUCAUUGUGGUCACUUCUAGAAGGGUUUUAAGUGCCAUUGUGGAAAAGUCGAACGCGCAGUGGAAAGUUUUGCUGCUGUCAAUCACGAUGAUAAAACAGACGGAAAAAGGAUUGACAAUUUAUUAUUUUGGGAAUACAAGUCCUGGAUUCCAACAAGAAAAAGUGGAAAUCAAAGGGCAAGCUGCACAGCUGGAAAAUCUUCACAAGAUAUUAACUUCAUUAAUAAGGUAA